CCUAUCUGCUUGCAGAUGCACGCCUACGCUACUUAAAGUUUGUUCACAUCGGCGGUCGUUCUAUAGUUCUUUAUGUUUGAAGUCAUGGUAUGAUGCGGGAAGGCAGAUCAUAGCAAUAUGGCGGGCAUGCCCGUACUGGGCAACAGUGUAGGGGCGGGCGAAUUGCGAGAAGAUGGAAGCAACAGGUCUUCAAGCAGUGAGUCCCGACGGAAUUCUUCUCCUCUCCGAACUCAAGAAGUCGAUGUUAGCUGCCACCGACCUGACGUCACCAGCUCUCUGCCGCUGCGGCGUAACUUCGAGCGUGAUAACUAUAAUGAUAAAACCGUCCCCACCAUGGCCUCCCUCGCCAGUGGUACAGUGGUGACCCACACGGUCCCCUCGUACGAUGAGCAGCGCGCCAGCCCCGCGCUGCUGGCUCGCACGUCAGGCACGCCUGGGGGCAGGAGCGUGCGGGACGAUGGCUACUGUUCUGCUGGUAGUACGCCGAGGGCACUGGAUCAUAAAUCGGCGAAAGGGUCUGUUGUCACACUCUCGUGUUAUAAGAAAGAGCCUAAAAUACAAAUAGAAGAAGAAGGAUACUUCAGCGAAUCGGCGAAAAAGAUAAGAAAAAAUAGCGUUAAAGACGCGCCAGACGACGGUAGAGAAACCUGGGGGACUGGAGCUGACUUUCUUCUCUCCAUCAUUGGCUUUGCGGUGGACCUGGCCAAUGUUUGGCGGUUUCCCUAUUUGUGCUAUAGAAAUGGUGGUGGCGCAUUUCUGAUCCCAUAUAUGUUGAUGCUGAUCUUCGGAGCGGUGCCGCUGUUUUAUAUGGAGCUAAUCCUGGGCCAGUACAACCGACAGGGGCCUAUAACGUUGUGGAAAAUAUGCCCUCUGUUUAAGGGAGUUGGCUUUUGCGCGGUAAUGGUGGCUUUCUACGUAUCUUUUUAUUAUAACGUUAUCAUUGGGUGGGCAUUCUACUUCCUCGUAUCGUCCGCCCGCUCCGAGCUGCCGUGGCUGCACUGUGACAACGCAUGGAACACGGAGCAGUGCUGGGACGCGGCGCGGCACAACACAACCAAUCGGACCGACGUCAUGUACCAGGGACCGCUGUCGCAUUUCACGCCGGCAUCUGAGUUUUUUCACCGUGCAGUGCUCGAGAUGCAAAACUCGGAAGGACUAAACGAUUUGGGUUUUCCAAAGUGGCAACUUACGAUCUGUUUAGGAAUUGUUUACAUUACUUUGUAUUUGUCGCUCUUCAAAGGAGUGAAGAGUUCUGGAAAGGUAGUAUGGAUGACGGCAACAAUGCCAUAUGUAGUACUAUCUAUAUUACUGGUAAGAGGCUUAUUGCUGCCGGGAGCCGCACGUGGUAUUGCCUACUAUUUGCAUCCAGAGCUCACCAGACUUAAGGACACACAAGUGUGGGUGGAUGCUGCGGUACAGAUAUUUUAUUCAGUGGGCGCCGGGUUCGGAGUGCAUCUGUCUUAUGCGAGUUAUAACACAUUUCACAAUAACUGCUACAGGGAUUGCCUCAUAACGACGCUGGUCAACUGUUUCACAUCAUUCUUCUCCGGUUUCGUGAUCUUCACGUAUUUGGGCUUCAUGUCUCACAAGCAAGGAGUUCCCAUCUCCUCUGUAGCUACUGAAGGUCCUGGCCUGGUCUUUCAAGUGUACCCAGAGGCAGUUGCGACAUUACCUGGAGCUAGUCUUUGGGCGAUGCUGUUCUUCUUCAUGCUCAUCAUGCUGGGCCUAGACUCUGGGAUGGGCGGGCUGGAGUGCGUAAUCACGGGGCUGCUGGACGCGGCGCGCGCGGGCGGCGGCCGCGCCUGGCUGCGCCGCGAGCACUUCACGCUGCUCGUCGUCUGCGUCUCCUUCUGCGUCGCCUGCGUCAAUGUCACCCCGGGCGGUAUUUACAUGUUUCACUUGCUGGACACAUACGCGGCAGGAAUAUCUCUUCUCUGCUCUGCUUUGUUUGAAGCCUUGGCUGUUUCUUGGUUCUAUGGUCUGAAAAGGUUUUCCGAUGACGUGGAAGAAAUGCUUGGUUUCCGACCCGGGAUAUACUGGAGAAUAUGCUGGAAGUUUGUGAGCCCCGUGUUCAUUAUUGGUGUGGUGGUGUUCGGUCUGCUGUACCAGCAGCCGCUGCAGUACCAGCACUACCGGUACCCCGCGUGGGCUGAGGUGCUGGGCUGGGGGCUCGCAUGCUCCUCCAUACUGAUGAUACCGCUCGUCGCGAUAUUCAAGCUGGCCACCACGCCGGGUAACUGUCGGCAGCGUAUAGCGUGCUGCAUCUCACCAGAAUCUGAACACGAAGCAAUCAGAAGUGGAGCUCCGGUGUCUAGGUUUACUUGGAAGCAUUGGCUUUAUGUUUAAAGCCUUUAACUAAAGCCUAUGUUUAUUUUAUGGUGUGACGGAGAUAGCUUCUUAACUUAUGUUGCAUCCUUGUCGCACAUCAGUAGCAAAGCUAUUGGUUUCAUUGGAAAUAUUAUAGACUAGUUGCGAUGAUUUUAAAAAUCUUAUUUCAAAACCAUUGCUUUUUUUAUUUGAGAAGAUUUUUAGUGGAGGACCAUGUGAAGAGAUCAGAUUUUCUUAGGGUGAUUAAUGUUAUUGCAUUUGUGCAGAUAUUUAUUUGAUCUGAAUUUGGGUGUAUUUUUAUCAAGGGUGGGUGGUGAUCCAUCAACUGUGGUUGAGGAAUUUCGGUUUUAGGCUGUUCUUUGAGCUUUUACAGUUUUCCUUGCACUAUUAUAUUGUAUAGGUCUAAGGACUAUAUAGAGAAAAUCAUAAUUUUAUAGUUGUUUGGUAAUUGUUGUAUUUAUUUACUGGUUAAAUUAUAUAGUUAGAUAGUAAGGUGGAUUGAUAAG